UUUCUCUCUCUACGGCGAGAUUUCUCUCUCUAGCCCCUCUCGAGAGUCCACUAUUUUUUGAGUUCUCUUCCUCUUUCUCUCUCUAGUUUUUUUUGGCGGGGAAAGCAUGGGGAAGAGGCGGUUGGCGCAGCUCUCAACGAGCAGCGAUGAGGAAGAAGGAAGAGUGAGAGGGAAACAUGGGGAAGAAGAUAGAGAAGAAGAAGACGAGAAAGAAGAAGAGGAAGAAGAGGAGAGAGAGGAACGUGGAGCAGAAGAAGAAGAAGCAGAACGCCAACAUUCAAAAACCCCAAAAAAGAAAAUGAGAGAAGAGCAGGAAUCGAGUGAAACUCAUGAAGAAGAAGCGAAACCCCUUGGAGAAGUUAUACGAAAAUCGGGGAGGGGGAAAACAGAGAAGAAGCAUUACAGUGCGUUUGAGCUUGAUGGGAAUCGCAUUGAGCUGGAGGAUCCAGUACUCAUUACACCUGAAGAGAAAAAUCAGAAGCCUUACGUCGCGAUAAUUAAGGAUAUAACCCAAUCUAGAGAUGGUUCCAUGGCUAUAAGUGGGCAAUGGUUUUAUCGACCUGAGGAAGCAGAAAAGAAAGGUGGAGGGAGCUGGCAAGCACGAGACACGAGGGAACUGUUUUAUAGUUUUCAUCAAGAUGAGGUGCCUGCUGAAUCUGUGAUGCACAAAUGUGUGGUCCAUUUUGUUCCUCUGAACAAAAAACUUCCACUUCGUUCAGAGCAUCCUGGUUUUAUAGUCCAAAAAGUUUAUGACACCGUCGAAAGGAAACUCUGGAAAUUAACAGAUAAGGAUUAUGAGGAUGACAAGCAACACCAAAUUGAUCUUCUGGUUCAGAAAACUCGAGAGGCUUUAGGUGAACUUCCAGAUUUGGAGAUUGAGGAGGCUCCGGUCGAACAAGAAGAACAGCAGAAAAAGAGGCAACUGAGGAAGAGACACUUGACUUCUAUCAAUACAACGAGGGAAGAUGGGUCUGAACCAUUCAACAAAGCAGAGACACCAGGGACUGCACAUGGGAUCUCUGAGUUUUACUCAAUCUUGAUGGAUUUUACAGCUUUAACAGGAGAUACUCACAGGGAUAAGGCGCUUGAAAAGCUACUUCAAGGAAUUCAGUAUGUCUUUGAUUCAAAUGGUGUCGCUCCUUCUCAAGAAGCUGUGCAGGAGGAUAGUGCAGGGAAGAAAGAGCCGGUUGAGGCCAUGGAUAUUGAUAACCAGGAAAAGGGCAGAGAAGCAUUGGAUGAAUCACAAAAGAAGAAUCAGAAAGGAGAUGCAAGCAUGCGUUGGCCAGACACUGCUGUUAAUGCUGUAACUGCUCUUGAGAAGGCUUCAUAUGAGGCUCUUGGCAUGGACCCUAUGAAGUAUAACCAAAAAGUGCGGCAACUGAGUUUCAAUCUCAAGAAUAAUCCUAUAUUGGCAAAACGGUUGUUAAAUAAGGACUUGGAGGCAUCAGUUAUUUUGAAUAUGACACCUGUUGAAUUGAAGGAUGGACUAACUGCAGAGGAGAAAAACCCCCAAGAGCCUCAGGAUGUAAAGCACAUGCAGAUGACUGAUGCUCGCUGUUCAAGAUGCACAGAGAAGAGAGUGGGCUUGUUAGAAAUCAUCCAUGGAGGAUAUGGAGACCGCUACCAGUUGGAGUGCCAAGGAUGUGGACACUCAUGGUAUUCGUCUCGAGACUCUAUCUCUGCGUUGACGAUAGAGCAGCCGAACCAGCCCGCCUCAGUGGGCACUGCCCCUUUGGCCACGACCAAGUUUGAAGAUGUCGAGAGGAAGCUGAUGAGCCCUCGUGGUGGGUCCGAAAAAUAAACUGGAGCUUUGAAGCAGGCCAUGGAACCAAACCCUUCUUCUAGGCCUGAAGCUUCUCAAUUUCCACAAUCUAACCCAAUGUAGCUUGAAGAUAUAUGUAAAUAUGGUUGUCUUAUAUUUUUUCUUUGGUUUUGCAGUAGCUUAUUUUUUGUUUUAGCUGGGUGGUUGUAGCUUGCUUUCUACUUUGGCUGGACUAGUAAGUUGCUUUCAGUUAGAUAUGAGCUUCUUGAUGAUUUGAAUCACAGAUGCUAUUGUACUUA